CUGGACAAGUUGUGUGACCCUCGCCAGUCGGCCAUGGUUGUGGCGGCGGGGGCCGGCGCGGGUGGCGAGCCGGUGCAGGCGAGCAGCGCGUUCGACAUGGCCUCGCUGGUGCUGUACGGAAGCCAGGCGGUGCCCGUGCGCCUCAAGAUACUCCUCGACCGGCUGCUCAGCGUCCUGCCGCACGACGACGUCAUACGCGUCCUGCACGGGUUCGGCUGGACUUACGAGGACUACGUGCGCGGAUACAUCUUGCAGGACACGCAUGGUAUAGUCCUCGAGCGCUGGAACCUUGCGAGCCGGGAUGAGGAGCCGCUCAUCAUCCAGCAGUUUCUUCGGUUUGCCGAAACGCGCGCCUUGGCCCACCAUUUCCUGACCAGCGAUGCCGCUCCGCUGGCGAGCCCCGCCGACGGCCCCCCUCCCGGCCAGCCGGACUCGGACAUCAAGAAAUUCCUCGAGCGAAGUUGCCGUUCCGGAAUCGUGCCGCCCAAGCCGACGUCUCUGUCGCUCUUCGGUGGCAAGUUCACCACCGCCACCUCUUCGAGCGACACCCCGUCUCUGCUGGCCUCGCGAGGCACCAUGUCCGUGAACAGGGCACCGUCUCUGCGCCAUCAUCACCACCACCAUCACCCGCCUUCGAGCGUCAGCUCGGGACAGUCCACAUCGCCCCCGGCGGUCGGCUGCUCUCCCGCCGCCAGCCCGCUUACGGCGCUAUCCUCGUCCUCGCCGCUGAACAAGCUGCAGAGCAUGCAGCCGUACGAUUUCCGGCAAACGGAUCGCCGGCCCACAAGCCCUGACGCUGCUGGUGGCUGUGUUCCGGACAGUGCCCGAAGCGCCGCGCUGAUGCAUGGUCAUCACCAUCAUACUCAACACAACAACAACAACAACAACAACAGCAGCAGUCCCAAGACGCCGCUGUCGUCGCCCACGCACAACCACAACAGCUUUUCGGCGCCGUUCCCUAACCACAGUUCUGACCUGAGCGUGUCCGAAGGUCCAUCGGACGACGAAGCCGGCGCCAUCAACCUGUCGCUUGGUGUCGGUUCCAUGGACUCCGUGUACGCGGCGCGCAAAGUGAAGCACCUCCGCAAGUCCGCCAACCCCAUGAAGCGUCGUUGGAAUCCGAUGGUUUUGAGCACUCUCACUACGAACCCGGCGACGGGCAAGCGCAGGGUACAGUGCCACGUGUGCCUGAAGACGUUCUGCGACAAGGGAGCGCUGAAGAUCCACUUCAGCGCGGUGCACCUGCGGGAGAUGCACAAGUGCACCGUGGAAGGGUGCAACAUGAUGUUCAGCUCCCGCAGGAGUCGGAACAGGCACAGUGCAAACCCGAACCCAAAGCUACACACACCCAACCUGAGGCGGAAGAUUAGCCCGCACGACGGAAGAACGGCGAACCCUUUUCCGCUGCUUCCGCCGUCAACGCUGCUCAACUUCAACAACGCCAACGCAUCGGGCAUCGUACCGCCUUCAUCCCUUGCAAGCGCGCUUCACGACAAGCUCGGUGCCGUUCAGGAGAAGCUGGCGUCGCUUUGCUCGACACAGUCCAUGCUCGGUGGUCCGCUCCCGGGUGACGGCACCCUGAGGCUGACUACGAUGAGAAAAAGCAAGCACGAAGAGAGGGCGCCGUCGGUGGAACGGGCGGAGGACCGUUCGCCGCGCCGCAGGGAUACGGGAGGCGUCAACCUUUCCUUGGAGAAGGAGGACAGAGUCGCGCAAUCCCGGCCGAGCCCUCCAGUGCUGGGCGAGAACAAGGGAGUCCGCAAGCGCAAGGCGCUCAACCCAACAAAGUGCGCUGCAGUCACCAGCGAUGACGAUCUUCAGUAUGCCACUUCCGACGAGUCAUCGAGCAACACGUACAUUGACCAAAAUGGCCUCAUGGAGGAGUCCAAGUCAGACGAUGACAUGGACGAUGUGGACGACAUAUCCACUGAUGGUCAAGAUGACUCCAAAGAUUUCGAUGUCGACGACGACCUCGACGACAAGGACACUGACGGCCACAUGACGCCGUCUCCGCCGCCGAUCAAGUUCAAAACCGAGCGCGAGGUUCCCCACUGGAACUUCGAAGUGGAGCAGGGCAAGAUCGGUGGCGUCACAGCCAUCAAGAAAGAAGACGAGAAGCCAGAGACAAUCCCGAGCAGAAAUAGUGAGCCGCGCGCCUCUCCCGUCGUCACGAAGAGAGCCUCUUCGGUCGAAGACUUGUCGACCAAGAAGGAUGGAGAGAGGACGUCGCCGGCGGCGAGCGUCAAGACGGAGGACUUGGCCGAGAACCCGCUGCGGCACCUGGAGUCGCUGUCACUGGGCGCCUUCGCGGGCCUCGUGCCCACCGCCCCGCGCAGCCUCUCGUCGGGCGGCGUGUCGUUCCACGCGCCCGGACUCGGCCUGGCGGACGUGCCGCGCGACGUCACUGACCCGUGUCUGCGCGACUGCUCGCCGCCGUCUUCCGACCAGCACAUGUCGUCGCUGCUGCCGGUGUACCGCGACGCGGCGCUCGUGGGUCCCGGGCUGGAGAUUCCGGUGGACAAAGAAAAUCCCCGGCGGUGCACAGCCUGCGGGAAGGUGUUCCAGAACCAUUUCGGCGUGAAGACGCACUACCAGAACGUGCACCUGAAGCUGAUGCACAAAUGCACAGUGGAAGGCUGCAACGCUGCCUUCCCGUCGAAGCGGAGCAGGGACCGCCAUUCGGCGAACCUUAACCUCCACCGCAAGCUGCUGUCUACGUCGUCCUCCGAGAAGGGAGGCGCCUCCCCGUUCCUCGACAAGGCGCUGUUCCCGUACCCGCCGUCGGACUUCUUCACCGGACUCUACGACCCGCAGGGCCUGCCACUCAACCUGGCCGACGUGUACCACAGGCUGCCCGAAGGAUUCGCUCUGCCACCCAGCUUCCCGAUGGGGCCGUUCCACCCGCUCCUGGCGCCUCCGCCGCCAUCGGCGACCGGGGCCGACGACGACGAUGACGACGAUGAUUCGCGGCACGGAAGCCGCGGGGCCAUGUCGCCGGCCAGCUCCGGUGGUGGCGGCGUGGGCGACUCGCGCAGCGCUUCGAGCCCGCAGCGAGGUGUUUGUCGCGACGAUGAAGACGCCGCCACGGACCGAGAAGACCGUGCCUCUUCGCCUGUAGACGAAGCGCCGGUCGCUGUGGCGGCGACGUAACGUCGGCCCCUCACCGACCGCGCUCCUCAGGACACUUGAAGAUUUGAUGAGUGCGCGGUCACCGCCGAAUUGUCUUUUUUUUUUUCUCUCUCCCGGCCCCUUUCUGUACAGCACCGCGGGGCGACAGUAUUCAGCAUCUCUCAUGUCCCACACCCCCCUCUCCCCGCAUCUUCUUCACGGUACACGAAAAGCGCUCACCGGAGCUCGCGUGCCCCGACGUGCACCUCGCUCACCGAGGGUACUUGUCACCGCGUCGUCGCGUAAUUUGUGGCAAUAGUUCUCGGUCUAUCGGUCAACCGAAUUUUUUUUUUCUAUUUCACAUCUUCGCGUGCUAGCAGCCAGGCCUUUCUCUCAAUUGUGAGCCCUUGGCCGUCCUCAGUAUUUGUGCCCGGCGAACGCGUCGGAGUCGCACGUGUCGGCGCGCAGCACGCGUUAUGUUCGUGUAAAACCGUAAGCGCAUCGACAUCGACAGCCCCUGGUGACGCGCGCGGACUCCGGUGAGCGCAACAAGCCAGUAUACACACACACACACACACAGGCACGCACUUCAUUUUGAGCGAGUAGCUAACGCGAGAAGCAACUUUGUUCGGGCGCUCCGUGUACACCAAAACGCUCUGUUCGCGUGGUUUGUUAAGUGUAUGCGCGUUCAUUGUAUAGAAACAAAGAAAUACUGGGCGCGGGACGCACGCCUCUAGAGGACGCUCUGGGACUCCUCGAAGACAAAAAAAUGAAAAGGACUCCGAGUGGUGUGCGUGUGUGCGCGCGUUCUGCGCGAUGACGACAGUAUCAAACCUUGUGUUUUUGUUGUCUGAAUUCUGUUUUUAAGUUAUUUCCACGUGACGACAGCGACAGGAAGACCUGCUGUGCACCACGUUCACAAAGCAAGAUGAACCUGUUUCAAACGAGACAUUAAAAGGAAAAAAAAAAAACCUUGGGAUGAACCCGAUUACCAAGGGACUUGCCAAA